AGAAAGAAGAAAACAAGAAAGCCGUAGGCAUGGAGGAGCUAAGUUCAAUUCUGGAGAAGACGUUUGGGGUUCCGCAAGGACGGCAGCAGGCUGAGGGUGCGUUUAGGUCGGUCGGGCACGCUCCGGAAGGUGGUACUAGAGGUCCGAUAGGCGCUUUAGAAGGCACGGUUGUUGGAUUCAUUCCUGGGGUCGCGAGCGGCGAUCCGCUGAAUGUCAGCAGCCUAAAGUAUGGGCGGCUCUAUGUGGCUCUGGACAAUGAGGAGGGGAUUGAGAUGUUGGUUAUCUUCAGGCCGGAAGUGGUGCAGGAGCUGUGCAACUUAGGUCGUGGACAGGGCAUCAUCGGGCAGAAGGUCAGGGUGCGCGGCGCCCGGCGAGGGCGUGGGCAGUAUACUAUUCCACAGUACUGCACGAGCUCGGCACAGGUCAGCGCAGGAGGAGCGGUGGAUGUGGUCGGCCGGGAAGCGGACCUACCUCGCGUAAAGCUGCGCGAAAAGAUGAUCAGCGCGGUCGACAACUGCAACCGGUUUGAUAAUGGACAUCUCCUGCUGGCGCCACGCGGAACCCGGAAGGAGGAGGUGGUGCGGCAUCUGCCGGACAUGGAGAUGACGGGGGGGCGGGCGGUGAUGCGUGGAGCACAAGGUUGGGAAGCGGUGGAGCCGUUAUUUCAGCUGCAACUGCGUGGACGCACGACGGAGAGCAUGGAGGCGCUGGUGGCACGCAUGGCGCGGUCGGCUGUUUGGCAGCGCGUGCUGUUUGCCGGUGGUGCGGAGGUGCGGCUGGAGGAAGGCACCAUCACGGUGACAAUGGGGACUUCCCUUGCGGUGCCAGCGGAGGACGCGGCGUCGGAGGGCUUGCUGCAGGACGUGCAGGCGGCCCUGUUUCGCCAGCCCGGGGCACGUGGAGAGCUGGAGGUCGGCGGCAUGUUGAAUGGGAGCCUGAGUGGGACGCUGUUCAGUACUCCGGAAGGGAGAGUGCGCAGGUGCGGUGCGUGCGGCAAGCUGGGAGGCGCGCCAGGAACGCAGUGUACGGCAUGUGGAGGGGGUGAUUUCGGCGACGUGCUAACGGGGUAUGCCGUAGGGCUGUGCCGGCCGCGGGCAAGCUUCGACAUGAUAGGGGUACAAGUCCGUGGUGAUGCCCUGGCGAGCAUGGGGCUGGACAGCACGGGAGCGGGGAGUGGCGUCGCGGUGGAGGUGCGAGGAACGUUCCGGAUUGAGGGC